AUGGUUCAACCUGUCAUCUUUCAGAAAUUUCAAACUGUAGCUAGCUUCGCGCCAUUCCUCGUCAGUAGCCUGGCAUUUGCUGCCCUGACACCCAUCCUACUGCAUGUAUUGACUCGGUCCUGUGUCUUUCAAGUCUACUUUAAUCCGGAGACUGAACAGUAUACUGCCUACACAAAGUCUAUAUUUUUGCGGCCUAGACGUCUUACCUUUAGCCAGUCCGACGUCUCCUACUCUGUUGCCAGUCUGAGUUUCGCUAAUAUGACUGUGAAAGGGCGACCGCUCUUGAUUCUCGAUGCUGGCUUCACUGACUCUGAAAGUCGCAUCAAACUUCUCGGUCUGGAUAAACCGAUAGAACUUUAA